GAGGACUUUGAGUUUGACGCGCAGGCCUCCUUCCAGGACCCUCGCAGCGCCUCGGAGAGCACGACCCCGAUGGAAGGCGAGAACAUGGGAGGUUGGUGGCCCGAGUACAGUACUCCUGACACAGAUGGUUUGCGUUCUGUGGUGGAGGAGCUGGAGCUCGAGAGGAACCAACUACAGGAGCAGAUCCUGAGUCUGGAGGAGCGUUGUCAAGACCUGGAAGACCGGCUGCAGCUGCAAGCUCGCAUCGAGGCGCUGCAGAAUGAGUCAGAGAAACUCCAGAGCCAACUCGCCAGCCUCCGAAACCAACAGAGCAGAGAUGCAGAGAAGCAUCAGCUGCUGGUCAGCAGUCUGAACGAGCAGCUCAGAGGGCUGAGUGACACACAGGAGUGUCUGGAGAGCUCACUCAUCGAGAAGGAGAACACGUUAGCCAAGACAUCUGAGAAACUUGAGCUCAUCAGCAGCCUGCGAGAAUCUCUGAGUGCAAAAGAGACUCAGUACAAAGAAGUGUCUGACAAACUUCUUCAGGCAGAGCACACACUCGAGGAAGUUUCAACGAAAUACAGCAGCUCAGAGAAACAACGCUCUGAGUUAAAAACUGAAGUCGCUGACCUCACGCAGAAGCUCAGUGUGCUGAAGGAGAAGACCCAAAAACAGGAAACCACCAUAGAAACUUUACAAACUGACCUCGAUCAGACAAACGAAGAUCUGGACAAACUAAACACAGCCAGCCUGGAAGAACGAGCCCAACUCAUUCAUGAUCUUCAAAGCCGCGAGCGGGAAAUCGACAGUCUUAAAGAUUACCUGUUGGAAAAGGACAAGGAGAUCUCAUAUCUGACUGGUCACAUGGCGGAGUACGCGGAGCAGGUCACAGUGCUGAAACAGGAGCUCAAACUCAAAGAGGAGCACCUGGUUCAAGUAGAAAAUGCGCUGAGUAAAGCAGAGCGGGAGGCCAUGGUUAUCAGAGACUCACAGAGUUCAGACCAGCAGUCUCUGAAUAGCAAAAUCACAGAGCUGGUUGGGAGACUCAAGGAUACUGAGAUGGAAGUAGUCAACACCAAAGAGGAGAUGGAGUCUAAAGUGGCUGAGGUGGAACAUCUCAUAAAGCAGACCGAAGAGGACAAGAAGAUUAUUCAGGACCUUCGGGGAGAGAUCCAGAAACAGACUGUGAGCCAUCGUAAUCACCUGUCUGAAUGUGAAACGCACAUCACUUCACUAAAGGAACAGCUGACUUCAUCCACCCAGAAGCUGCAGGAGUCAGAAGGAGUCAUUUUACAGCUCAAAGACAAAGAUACCAACAAAGAGAAACAGCUUAAUGAUAAAGAGCAGACGUAUGAAGAAGAAGUCAAAUCUUUAAAGGAUGAACAGAAUAAACUUUUAGCUCAAGUGGAGAAAUAUAACAGUGAUGUGGAGACGUUGUCCAAACAGUUAAAGGAGCAAGUACAGAGUGAGGAAAAUAUUAAAAAAGAGAUGCAGGAAAAACUGGAAACCAUUGAGUCACUGGAAAACCAACUGAAAGCAACUGAUAAACAAGCCGAGGAUGAAAGGAAGAAAUUCAACACCGAGCUGCAAGUCCAGGAAUCAGAAAAGCAGAAGUUGAGCAAAGAACUUCAGAUCAAAACUGAAAACUUCUCCAAAGUCAAGACGCUAUUAAAAAACAUGAAGGCUGAGAAACAGCAGCUGCAAGAAAAGCAUCAAGGAUUGACCAAGGAGCUCAAGCAACAGACGCAGAAUGUGAAGCAACUCAAUGAAAAGGUUUCAUCUUCUCUUGAAGUAAACGGCAAUCUGGAGAAGCAAUUAGAUUCUCUCACAAAGGAGAAGGAGAGACUUGAACUGGAAGUAUCUGAAAGAGUAAAAGACAUUUCAGAAGUUACAGUUGAGAAAGAUUCUUUACAAGCUAAAAUAUCCACACUUGAAACACAGCUCACACAAAACAACACAAUCAUCGAAGGGCUGCAGAGAGAUAAAGAGAAUUUGACUGCUCAGAGUAAUGAGUUGAAUAGAGUUCUUGAGCAAAGCACAAACUCAAACUCAGAGGUCCUGCUGGAAAAAACCAAUGAAUGUACUCAUCUCAACCAGUUACUCAGAGAGAAGGAGGAGACGGCGGCGCAAGUGCAAGAACAAGUGCAAAACUUGACGUCAAAGGUAGACCAGCUGCAGCGUGACAUGACAGAAAAAGAGCAGACCGCCUCUCAUCUCCAAGCACAAAUACAGGCUCAACAAAAUCAGCAAAUGCAGCUUGAAGAAACGUUGUCUUUGCUUCGGGAACAGGAAGGCGCUCUGAAGUCUGGGUUGAUGGAUAAGGAUACAACGCUGCAAGAGAAACAGGAAGAGUGCAACAGUUUGCAGAAUGAACUGAGCAAACUACGUGCUGAAGCCGAAUCGCUUAACGGAGAACGCUCACAGCUUUGCCAGCAGCUCGAAGAGCGAGGAGAAAUGUUGAAAAAUGUGACCCAGCAGUGCCAAAAUCACAAAGAUGAACUGAAUGAUACGAACAAUACUAUUAAGUCUCUGGGCGACCAAAUCCGUGUGAUGGAGGAAAGUGCAAGGAAGUUUGAAUCUGAAGCAGAGCAAAGACAUACAGAGCUGACGAGCUUAAAGAGCCAAAUUCAGACAGUAGCCGAAGAAAACCGUCAACUUCGUGCAGCUUGUGAAUCCAGAGAAAAGGAGCUUGCCCAGCAAACACAGGUCGUAUCUGAGCUUGAUGGACAGCUUAAAAUGACUCGAGAAGAGAACGCUAAUUUUAGUGUGAAGAUUACCUGUCUGACAGAAGAUAAUCAGAGACUACAAGAGGAGCUGGCACAAAACAUCAAAUCUGUUUCUGAACUCACCGCUGAGAGGAGUUCACUCCAAGAAAGAAGUUCUGGGCUUGAAAUUCAUAUUGCAGAUAAUCAGAAAAUAAUUAACAGCCUGUCGAAGGAAAGGGAGGAGCUUACUGUUGAAACAAAUGAAUUAAAAAAGAUCCUCAAGGAAAGCGAAAUGUCGAACUCUGCAGGUUUGCUUGAGAAAACAAAUGAAUGUACUCAUCUGUCAAAAACACUGAGGGAGAGAGAAGAGCAACUUCAGAGUUUACUGGAACAAGCUGACGGUCUAAAAAUGCAGGUUAGUCAACUCGACACAUCAUUGAAUGAGAAAGAACAAACAGCAUCAGAGAAAAGUUCUCAGUUGGAGGCCCAGCACAACCAAAUGCUGCAGCUUCAGGACACGAUAUCUAUGCUUCAGGAGCAAGGGUCUGUCCUCAAGUCAGGGCUGAUGGAGAAAGACACAAUGCUUCAGCAGAAAGCAGAGGAGUGUAGUGUUUAUCAAAAUGAAGUCAUGCAACACAAGGAUCUCCUGUCACAGAUACAGACUGAGGUAGAGUCACUCAGGCAACAGUGCUUAGAGGCUAAACAGCAGAUACAGCAAAAAGAUAAUACCUUAAUAGAAGUAACAAGUGAGUUUCAAAACCAUAAAGAUGAGCUGAAUAAACGAAAUGAAUCCGUGCUUUCACUCAGCACUCAGCUUGGUGCCAUGAACGAGAACGCUGCAAAGAUGGAGGUUGAAAUUACCGACUUAAAGGCCACUGUGCAGAAAGUCACAGCAGAAAAUAGUCAGCUGCUACAGGAGGUGGACCAGAGGAAAGCGGAGGUAAUUGAUUGUAAAGAUAGCAUUCAAGCAAUGAAAGAGCAAAAUACUAGGUUAAAAUCUGAACUACAGAAAAAAGUGACCAAGCUGUCCAGUGCUCAUGAAGAAGUCACACAUCUUAAAGCAGCAGUCUUUGAGAGGGACAGUCAGCUCCAAACAGUAGGGUUAGAGAGGGAGAGGCUUAGUAUGACCACGCAAGGAAAAGAUGAUUCCCUGAAACAGCAAAACACUUUCAUCCAGCAACUCAACAGCAAGGUCGCUGAGCAGGAGCAGCAGCUGAAACAGAAAACAGAUGACAGUGUCGGUUUAAGAGCGCAGGUUUCAGAGCUCGAAGAUUCAGUUUGUAAAUUCAGAAGUCAAGUUGAGAGUCUUACUUCAGAGUCAUCCAUGCUGAAAAAUACUUUAGAGCAAAAAGAACAGUCAAGUCUCGAAAGUCAAAAUCAGUCUUUUUCUGUGGCUGAGAGUCUCAAAUCAAACCUACAAGUCAAAGAGGAAGAGUGCGUCACUUUGAAAGAACAGAUUUUACACCUGGAAGAAUCUGUUGCAAAGCUUAACAACAGCCUCCAAGUGCAGAUAUCUGAAACAGCAGAUCUUAAAAAGGUUUUAGAAGAAAAAGAGGCAGCUCUUCUAGACCAAUCAAAGUCUCUUCAUGACAUGCAGAGAAGAGUAGACGAGGCGUUGCUCUUCAAAACUCAGUUCAUGGAAAGCACAGAGUUGGUGUCUCAGCUACAGAGUCAAAUUCAGAUGAUGUCCACAGACUCUGGAAACCUUAAAAAGUCGACAGAAGAAACACAAAGUGCCUUCAACAACCUUCAAGAGAAAUAUGCAUGUAACUUAGAAGAGUUGCAAGACGUAAGAAAGCAGCUGUCCCAAAGUACUGAUGAGGUGUCCAACCUUCAGAAGUUGUUGGAUGAUACCAACAGCGGACAUCAAACAGCAACGUCCACUGUAGAAACACUGAGAAAUGAGUUAUCAGCAAUCCAACACAAACUAGAUGAAACACAAGACUUGAACUCCAGUCUUUCAAAGGAAAAGGAUGAGGCUUUCACAUCUCAUAAAGCAAGUGUGUCACUGCUGACCGUGGAAAUAGAGAGACUGAAAUCACAACAUCUUCAAGUGGUGGCUCAGAUUAAUGCACUGACCGAAAACCUGGAACAGAGAGAAAUGGCUCUCCAUGCAAUUAACAGUCAGUACACAACCCAAGCCAAACACACAACGCAGCUGGUUUCAGAAAUGCAGAAACUAGAAGAGCAAAAUAAGAGACUAAAUGAGGAGAUUAGUUUGUCAAAGGAGGAGCAACAGAGGCGUCACAGUGCGGUCAGUAAGGAAAACGCACAUUUGCAAGAUGAAAUUAGAAAGCUUCUUUCACAGAAAGAAGAGCUGGAAAGAAGGCACCAUCAAAUUUGGGCUUCGCAGGAGCAGCAGUCCAGCAGCAUGAACGAACACGUGGAGAAAAUGGUGUCUGAGAAGGAGAGCCUUCAAGCAAAGGUUAGUGCCAAAGAUGAAGAACUUUCUCUAUUAAAAGACAGCAUUCAAAAGGUAGAGCAAAUUCUGCAGGACUCUGAGCAAGAGUGGCUGUUAGUUCUGGAUAGAGAAAAACAGGAUAAGAAUCUACUUGCAGAACAGUUGAAAAGUGUUGAAAAUGAAAUGAAAUCUAAAGAUGCUAAAGUUAAUGCUUUGAAACAAGACUUGGACAGAUUUCAGGAGAAACUAGCCGAGGCUUCUACGGCAAUUAGGAAGGGGUCUGAUCAACUCAGCGCGAAAGAGUUGGAGGCGUCGACAUCCAGGAUUCAACUGGAAAAGGUGUUAGCGUCUGUCCAGGAAAAGGACAACGAGAACAUUCAUUUGCAACAGGCUCUAAAAGCCGUGGAACAUGAGUUAGAAAAACUGGUAGCGAGAAAAAUUGGUUCUGAUAAAGAUUCCAUGUGUGAGAGAUCAGCUGCUUUAAAUGAUGAAAAAGCCUAUUUAGAGCACAUGAUAAACCAAGUAGAGGAGCGUCAUCAGUCUGAAAUAGAUGCUUUGAAAACUGAGUUGGAUAAGACUGCAGCGCAAUUACAAAAAGCGCAGAAUACACUUAAUGAAGGAGAGAGGAGUAAUUCGGAGAGGGGUCAAGAGAUUACUUUCCUUCAAGAGACGGUGGAGCAUUUACAGGCUCGGCUCAGUGCUGAAGCAGAGCAAGUGAAAGAUACUGCUGUCAAACACUCUUCUUUACACAAUGAGCUGCAAGCAAAGGACGAGCAAAUCAGCUGCAUGAGCAUUCAAAUAAGUCAACAGAAGGAGCUACUUGCAGGACUUAGUCAGCAGUUAAGGGAUAAAGAUGCAUCCGUCGCCCAAGUCAUGGAGUCCGCCUCGAAUGAAAGAGUGAAACUUAAUGAGGAAAUAACCUCUCUAAUGGCAAAAUUAGAAGGCACAGAGAAAGCACAUCAAUGCUCCGUGAAGAGGCUUGAAGAGAUUUCUCAGCAACUAGAAGAACGUGUUUCAUGCUCUCAAAGUGAAAUGGAAAUCAAGAAUUCAGAGAAACUCGAGCUGAAAAAGGAAAAUGAUGAACUAAAAGGUGACCUAGCCAGAGUAUCUAAAGAAAAAGAUGUGAUCAAGAAGAAGCUUCAUGCUGCUCUCAUUCUAAGAAAGGAUCUUAUGAAAAAAAUUGAAAAAUAUGAAAACCAGAAGGAGGAGGGUGUGAGCUUUAAAACCGAGGUGUCACUUUUACAGACUAAAUUACAGGAAAUAACAAACGAAGCUCAAGUCUCAGAACAACUUUACAAAGAAAAUGUCUCUGUUUUCGAAAAGAAAAUCCUUGAGAAGGAGGGAGAGAUUCUUGGACACAAAACAGAAAUCGAAAGACUCGUUGAGCAGUUUGACUCAGAAAAACACAUUUUAGAAGCAACGCUAAAUGAGAAAGAGGCGUCUUUGUCGGAAACGGUUCAAACACUCAGUGAGAAAAACAACCUGAUCAAACAGCUGCAGACCAGUGUUGCAGAGAGAGAAGAUGCCUGUGAGCGAGACAGAAACAGCAUGAUGCAGAAAUUAGAGGAGCUUCAAACUGAAAUCAAGACAUAUAAAGAUGAGUCAACGGACAAAUCUUCCACUGCUGCUGCUGCUGCUGAUGAUUUAGAGAACCAGCUCGCACAGGUGAAGCAAGAAAAGGCGAUGCUACAGAAAAAGGCCCAGGCUGCUUUGCUGGCACGAAAAGAGACCAUGAAGAAAGCUCAAGAAAACGAAAAGAAAUUAACUCAAGAAUUAACUGAACUGAAAGACGACUACAAAGCUCUGCUGGAACAACACUGCCAACAGACAAAUGAGCUAAACGCUGUCCAGUUAAAGUUUGAUGAGAAAGUCAGGGAACUGGAAGACCUCCGUAAGACCUCUUUGUCUUAUCUCGAUGAGCUGGACACUUUGAGGCAGCUUGUUGAGGAGAGAGAUACGACUCUACAAGAUUUGAAGAUGUCUCUGGCUGAGAAAGAAAGCCAGUGCCACUCUCUAUCGAACUUGCAAACAGAGCUAGAAACUGUUAAAUCCAAAUUAGAGAGUGUGUCUCUUGAGAUGGCGAGUAAAGACGAGGCUUUUGUAGCAAUGGAGCAAAGAGCAGAAACUUUGUACUCAAAAUUGCACCUGGCAGAGAGCAACUUGGAGAAAGCUCAUGCUGAAGUAAAAGAAAAAAUAGAAGAAGUUGAGAAAUACCAGGAAAUGAUUAAAGCUGCUGAGCUUACGUCCCAACAGGAGAAGCAAGCUUUGGAGACGCAGGUCAACGUCUCCUCCAAAUCUGCACUUGAAGAAAAAACUUAUGUGAAUGAAGAAAAGUAUCAGAUUUUGAUGGAAGACAACAAAGCACUUUUGGAGCAAAUCUCAGCCGUCCAGAAAACAUUAGCAGAGACAAAGCAGCAGCUCAAUGAAGAGAAAGACAGUUUGAUUACAGAGCUUGAAAAAGCACAGCUGUGUUACACUGAACAACAAAGGAAUUUGGAGUUGUUAAAGCAAGAAAAAGAAAAUGCUCUCAAAUUAAUUGACGAACUGAGAGAUGAGUUAACGUCACUGAAUAAUCAGCUGCAGCAGUCUGAGAAAGUAGAUGAGGAGCAUCAUGAAAGGAUGUCUGCAAUUUGCAUAAAAGAGGAACGCGUUAACAAAGACGAGGCCGAUUUUACUUAUAAAUGUGCCGAAGACUUUGAAGCGAAACUGAAAGAGAGAGAUGAUGCAUUGUUAGUUUCUCAGGCUCAAGUUUCAGAAAAGGAAGAACUAAUUGCGGCACUUGAACAGCAAUUACGGCAGCAAAUGAAACUGCAUGAAGUAGCCGUUGAUAAGAUGAGAACAGAGAAUGAGGAGCUCCAGAAAUCUCGAGACGAGGGCACGAAAACGAACAGUCAGGACAACCAAAGCAAAGUAACUCUCCUAACCAGGAAACUUCAAGCAGCUUUAGUCUCCAGGAAAGAACUCUUGAAGGAAAAUGCAACACUCAAAGACGACAACUCUAAUCUGCAAUCAUCAGUUCUGAAAUUAAAACAACAAAAUACAGACCUGGAAAGCUUUGUGGAGUCUUUGAAGGAGGAUAAAGGCAAGCUCAGCACCGAAAUCGAUCACGUCUUUAAUGACAACCGCAGCCUUUCUGCAGCCUGUGAUAGCCUGAAACUAACCAUAGAAAACAUCACCCAGCAGAAACAAGCCUUUUCCUGCCAGCUAGAAUCUCUUAAAGACUCUCAAACAGAGGAGCUGACCAAAUGGAAGUCUAGGCACUCUGAGCUGAAGCAGGAGUACGAGUCUCUUUUACAAGCCUAUGAAAACGUUAGCAGCGAAAUGGAUAAGAUGAGACAGCUUUUGGAAGGAGCCAAAAGAGAGAGGCAGGAAGCUCUGAGAAAAGUACACAAACAUGACACCGAGAUGGAGAAUCUGGAGAGACAGGCAAGAGACAUGGAGGAGGAAAAUGAAAGGAUUAAAGAGAAGAUGCACAAAUUUUCAAAAGAGAAACGGCAUAAGAUUGAGGAUCUGGAGGAAGAGAAUCAGAAAAUUAGAAAAGAACUGACUGAGAUUGAUGGAAACCACAGAGUGGAGAUGUGUGAGCUGAAUGAUAAAAAUCAACAGUUGGAGGCUGAGAUUUGCAAACUUAAGGAAUCAUCAGAGGAGCUCAGAGAGAAGCUUACAGAGAUACAGGCUGAAAAUGGCCAACUGAUGGAAAAGCUUCAAGAGACAAGCUCUUCAUUAGAAAAGGAUCACUCAGAAUCAAACUCGUACACAAACAACAUGCAGCUUAAACUUGAUGAAGCGCUCAGUUUGAAUAACUCACUGACCGCCCAGAUCGAGGCUCAGAAAACAGAGCUUGGUGCUCAAUUGGAAAUCAACAAUUUGUUACAAAAGGAGAGGCAAAAUCUUUCUGAAAGGAUCGAGAAGAUACAGAACGAUCAUGAAUUGCAGUUGGGGAAGAAAGACGAUGGCAUUAAAGAGCUCAAAGACAUCAUUAACCGGCACAGCCAAGAGACUAUCAGCCUAAAUGAGAAGGUUAGAAUCCUGGAGGACGAUAAAUCUCUUCUGCAAGAGGAGCUUGAAAACGUUCAAGAGAUUUCAGAAAAAGUGAAGAAUGAAAAUGAAUAUUUGGAAACUGUGAUUCUCAAAAACUCUGAAAGAAUCGAUGAACUGACCGAGUCUGUAAAUGCUUUGCAAACCCAAAACACACAGCUGUCCUCUCAGCUGGCAGCAAGUAAGGAGAUGAGCAACCAGGUUCGCCAAGAAAAGGAGGAGGAGCAGCUCAAAUUAGUCAAAGUGCUUGAGGAGAAACUCAAGACGGUUCAGAGAGGCAACGAAGGGUCCAAGAAUGUGAAGAAAGAACUGCAAGAACUACUCAAAGAAAAGCAUCAGGAGAUCAAUCAACUGCAGCAAAACUGCAUUAAAUAUCAAGAAGUGAUUUUAGAUUUAGAGAGCUCUCUGAAGACUACGCAGUCAGCCUGUGAACACCUGGAGAAGGAACUGAAGAAAAGUUCAGAGAAGACCUCACUUUCAGAGGGUAAAAGAAAACAAGUUGAAGCUGAGAUGAUCAUGACCAAGAAUCUCCUUCAGGAGGCCACAGAGAAGAUUGUGAGUGUUCAGGGUGAAAGAGACCAGCUGACUCUGGAAAUAUCAGAGAUAAAUAAAAAAUCUGCGGAUGAGAUCGUACAGAAAGCACUAUCACAGCAAAAUAAAGAGGAAAAACAAAUAAACUCUUAUAUGGAGAAUCAAAUUAUGUUGCAGCAACAGAUCAAUGACCUCAGUGAGUUAAAAGAUAGAGAAAGUCAAAAAGUGAGUGAACUGAGGCAGCAGAUAGACUCUCAAGAUCUACAGAUAAAUACUCUUAAGAGAGCGUUUGACACGACUGAAGCAAAGCUGUCGGCUCUGUCGUCGACUCCUCACGGAGCAGAUGCUACGAAAAUUUGGAACGACUUGUACCAGAAAACAUUGCACGAGAAGGAUAACCAGCUCCUCGAACAGGGCUUUGUGAUCAAAAGAUUCCUCGAAGACAUGAGAGUGAAAGAAAAAGAGGUGAAUGAACUACGGGUGACCAAGUCGAGACUGGAAAGGACGCUGAAUGAAUACUCUGUUGCUGCCGCCGCACAGCAAAGACAGCUGUUUGUACUGAGCGCCAACAACGCCGAACUGGCUGAGACUGUGGAGCUCAUGACUGUGCAGGUAAAGGAGCUCGAUGCUCAGGUCGAAAGAGUAGAGCAGGAUAAAAACACACUCAACAGACAGCUUGCUGACAAAGAAGAUUUGAUUUCUCAAUUGCAGCUUAAUCUCCAGCAAACAGAGAAAGUCAACGCAGACACAGACGCUCAGCUGCUCCUUCUACAGUCUCAAAACGACAAACUUCAGGGUGUUUUUGAGAAGCAGGAGGGGAUUUCUCUGCAACUGAGAACACUCCUCCAGAGCAAAGAUGCCGAGAUCUCCUCUUUGCUGUCAUGUAAAGACGGACAGAUGUCAGGAUAUCUGGAACAACUCCAGGCUAACUAUCGCUCCCAGGUAGCAGUUUACGAGGACAGGUUAACAUCCUCACACUACCAACGGGAAAAGGCUGACAAAGAGUCGAGAGGGCUCGAGACAAAGGUCAAAAGUCUGCAAAUUAAAGUGAACAGGUCUAUCCAGGAAAAGGAGCAGAUGGCAGCUAAGAUUGAGUCCUUCAAGAACUCAAUGGUGUCUCUACAGAGUGAAAGAGAGCGACUGAUGUCAGAAUAUAGAAUACUUGAAGCAAAAAGCCAGUUAGGCCUAAAGGGUAAAGAGGGCUCUGUGGACGGGGAAGGUGGUGCAACCAGAGGACUUAAACAUGAAAUUAGGAAAUUGUUACAUCAGAUGGAUGACCUCAAUUCAGAGAACGCCAUGCUCAGGGCACAGCUUGUUCGUUACAGAGAAGAUCUGAAUCAAGUUUUAUUCCUAAAGGACAACCAGUUGAAGGGGUUGCUCAAGAAGCAGCAGGAUGUGAUCAAAAACCUCGAAAACCAAAAGGCAGCAGCUGAAAAGCAGCUCAGGGAGUCUCGGUCAGAGCUCCAAAAGGAAGAAGAGGCAAGCAAUACUUUAAAAGCAGAAAUUUCUAAACUUCAAGCUCAGGCUACAAAACUGGAAGAAAGAGCCACGACAAAUGAAGGCAAAGUGAUCGGUGACCUGCAGCAAGCUGUGGCAGCCAAAGCAGCCGAAUGUAAUGGCCACCAGCAAAAAGUUCUCUCUAUGAAAACCUUAACUGACGAGCUCAAGGAAAAAAUGCAGCUGCUGGAGAGCGAAACGGACAAAAAACUGUCCGAGGCCGAGGAUAAAUACAACAGUGAGCUGGAUGCCUUCGAGCGCGAGGUGGAGCUGAUGAGGAGCGAGCGAGAGACGGCCGAUCAACGGGUGGCCGAGCUCGCAAAAGACACGCUGGAGAUGGAGCAGCAGUUAUCAGAGGCUAAAACUCAAAACAAAGACAUAAGAGCUCAAAACGAUUCCCUGUGCAAAGCCAUGGUCGCUCUGCAGAACGACCGAGACCAGCUCAUCGAAGACUUUAAGGUCCUUCGGAACAGAUACGACGAAGAACUCCGAGAGACUCAGGCAGCUUUCAACAAGGUGGAGCGCAGCCUUCUCGACGCCACCUCUGACUUGGCCAUGUUAGCUAAAGAGAGGGACAUCCUGGUUCAUAAAUUAAACGCUUUAGAGAGCAAAGACGCACCCGCAGAGCUGAACAAGCUGUUUGAAGAGCUCUCGAAGGCUUUGUCGGAAAAGGAAAAGGAGCUGAAGAAAGCCGUCUUGGAAAACGGCUCGUACAACAGGCAGCUGUCGGCGUUCUCCAGAUCCAUGGCAAGCCUCCAAAACGAUCGCGACAGGCUGGUCGAUGAGUUGGCCGGAGCCAGAAGAGUGGUUGAGUCCAGGCAAGGGUCUUCCAUGAGUGUGGAAAAGUCAGAAGGAAGUGUCCAGAAUGAGAAACGUGGGCCGCCGAUGGAUGAGAUACAACAAACAGUACAGAUGGUGCAAACUGGAAAAGAAGACCGAAGCCGCCAGGAAGAAACAACAGAUCUGAGGUCUGAAGGAGAGAAGAAGGAAACCCAGACAGUCAAGGAAACGGUUGCUUCUGCAGGUCAGAGUGGACUGGAGGAGGCGGUGAGGCGGAUGGAAGCAGAGAGGAUCCAUCUUCACCAAAACCUGCAGCGCUGCAUGUACGAGAUCCAACAGCGAGAUCAGUAUUUCCAACAGCUCAACACCAAGCUGCAGCAGACGGUGGAGGAGAAAGGUGCGGUUGCGGCCCAGCUGAGGGCCGUUUCUCAUACCCUGAGGGACACUCAGACCCGCUGCCACUGGCUGGAAGCCCAAGGCCAGGCUCAGGGCUCGCCAUACGCUGAAGUUGCACCCGGAGCCCCCCAGGAGAGAAACAACGACUCUGUCAUUUCUGACACUGCUGAAGCCGGUCAGCUGAGAGAAAGGCUGCUCGAGGUGGAGCAGAGUCUGGCAGAUGAGCGAGCGAGGAGGGAGACAGCUGAGGAGGCUCUGCGUCUCGCUGAGGACCGAGCGAAGAGCGUUGCCUCCAGUCUGUCCAGAGACAGUCAGAGGGAUUUCAGUAUCGAGAUGGAAACAGAGGAGGAGUGGGAAGCUCUCAGUCUCGACCCAAAUCAGCCUCUACUAACACAAAAGGUGAAAGGCGGCAUGGUGGCGUGCCGGCGGUGGCUCAGAGGGAGGAGCCUUUACUUCUCCAGGCUGCUGACGAGUCGCGCCCGCUCUCGAUACUUCUUCCUGGCCUACUUGCUCACUCUACACGUGCUUGUCCUCAUGUGCCUCACCGGUGCUUUGUAACACUGCGCUAACUGAUUGGCUAAAAGGUUCAAAUUCAAAGCUGAAGUCUGUAUUUAUGUGUUGUUGUUUUUUUUGAGUUAAUACAUUGUGUGUAAAACACUAAAACUGGCACAUUUACGGUAUUUGGAGACACACUCUGUUCUCACCUGUUCUGACUAAAGUUGCCAGCAAAGUAAGUUAUAUUCACACUGUGCACUGGUUUGUUAAUAUAAGCUUCAAUUACAUCUCCAACAGCGACUUUUUACUUUAAAUAUUGUACGUUAAAUCAAGCCUUAAAGCAUAACACUCACCUUCUUUUUUUGUGUUUUUCUGAAAGAUCGCAGGUUUGUAGGAUUUAUAUAAUUUAUAUAUUUGUUUUCAGAUCAACAUUAAAAAGGAGACGAGUAGAGAAAUGUCCUCUGACACGAAGCCUUUCCAUUUAAAACGUAUAAUAUAUAUAUAUAAAAACGCCUGAAGAAGGUGAAGAAAGCCAUAUCCAUUCUUGGUUAACACUACUGUAUAAAUGUUGUUUUAAAUCACCACCAUCAUCAUCAUCAUCAUCAUCACCUCUUCCACCAUGUUGGCACCAGCUGCUGCUUUUUUUUUUUUUUCUUGCCUGCUUGGUUUCAUACCUUGCACAUAAUCUUGAUGCUGAGUUAAAACUAUGCACUGAAACUCCAAAUGUGUGUAUAUAUAUAUAAUCAUCUCACCUAAGCUCAGAAGCACUACCCCCCCUCUCUUAUUCCCUUCUUCAGACUGUAAAGCCAAAGGUGUCUGUACUUUUACCUUGGCAGUUUGAAUAAUUGCUCCCAUGUGUGUUAAAGUUACUGGGAGACAAUAUAUUUUAAAGACUUCCUCCAGUAUCAUGGUGUGCCAUUGAAAACGUACUGCAGAACAGCAGGAGGCUACGAAAGUACAAAACUGUAUUUAAUUUUUCUGUAUUUAAGUGUGCAUCCUCAGAUUAGUAUGCUGUACAGUGUCUGUAAUGAACUGUAUUUAUGUAUAUAUGCAUUUCUAUCCUCUCUGCCUGAUGUUUGAUGACUGUAUAUUUCCUCUUGAUUGUGUAGAAUAUGAAAAAAAUAUGAUCGAUAAAAGAUGAUUUUUUCACAAAAACGAGGUCAAAUGACAAGCUAAAUCUAAUUAUUUUAACCACAAAGUAAAUGGAGGGGGAAAAAAGUGUAAAAGACGUUUUCCGGCUUGUUAAUUGAUCCGGUUUUGUAGAAAACUUGGUGACUGAUGAGUUUGUGGUACGUUGUCCUAAUGUUGUGUACAUAAAGGUGUGAUUGACGGACAAUAACAAUGAACCUGAAUCUAUUUAUGAAAAAAAAAAACGUUGAACUACUGAAAAAAACUGUUCAGAUGGCAUAUUUUCUCUACUGCCUCUAUUUUUAAGAGUAAGAGAUGCUGUUUUGGUUUCUUUUGAUGACAUUAGGCUCAACUUGGUGCAAUACUGUGUUGGAGGUGAGCUUUUCUUUCCCCUUUACCAUCUCCAAAAAAAAAGAUUAAUAAAGCUUAUGGAACUUU